UUGGUCUAUAUAUAGUUAAAUUAACAAUCAUCAAUUAAUAUUUCUUGCAAAUUUUCUUAAAAGACUUUAAUCGUCAAACAUGGCUGAUGAUAUUGUAUUUGAGUUAUUACAUUCAGAAAUUAUUAACUAUGCUUUAGACCCAUCAAAAACUACGAAUGGUAGUAAGGAGGUAGAUUUAUCUGUAGUAGAGUACAUUGGAUUUGCAGCUGGUUAUAAAAUAAUGGAAAGGCUAACAAGAGAAUGGCCAAGGUUUAAAGAUGAAUUGGACACAAUGAAGUUUAUAUGCACCGAUUUUUGGACAUGCAUUUAUAAAAAACAAAUUGACAACUUAAGGACAAACCACCAAGGCGUGUAUGUGCUACAAGAUAACGCUUUUAGAUUUCUUACUAAUUUCUCAAAUGGACAUCAAUAUUUGGAAUAUGCACCUAGGUAUGUUGCAUACACAUGUGGUCUGAUAAGAGGGGGUCUGGCUAAUCUCUGCAUUAACAGCAUUGUGACUGCUGAAGUACAAUCAAUGCCAUCAUGUAAAUUUCAUAUACAUGUCCAAAGAACUUAAAGCAUAUUAAUUAAAAUAAAAAUACUUACUUCAAUAG